AUGUCCAGAUCAUCUAGUGCACCCUCACUGAAGUCGUUGCUAUCCCGAGCACAGAAAGCUGAACAGGAUGUUUCCGUCGCAUCGUCUCAGCAGCAGGCUUUGGACGCUGCCAUAGAUGUUGCGGAACACUAUAUGAGCGCCCUGGCCGUAACAACCUCUUCAACAGACAAAACUCUAUUGGACGCGAAAUUCAAAGAGUGGCUUACAAGAGCAGAACAGAUCAAAGGGGCUGAAGACUGGCGUGCCGCUGCACGCACUCGACGCUCUGGACUUUGGACUCCAGCGUCAACGCGCAAACUCACAAAUCGCGAAGAGAUACUCCUUCUAGAGGCUUCGAAACUGAAUGGUUUCAAAUUUCCGCCAUGGGCAAAGGAACCGAGUAACGAAGAAUUCAAUAUCGGUACUGACGGAGAUGAGUUAUUUACGGAUAAGCCAGACCUCCACUUGUCCAGCUUGCAGAGAGGUAUAUUUGCUGGCUGGAAACGACCGCAUGAGCUGCUCUCCGGGCAGCUGGAUGACGAGGGAACACGACUCACUCCCGUGAUGUCCGUCUCCGGGAAUACAGACCUAGUGCAGGACGUAUUGACGGAUUGCUCCGUUGUCGCUAGCCUUUGCGCGACAACUUCGAGGUCGGAGCGGGGCCUUGGUGAUUACCUUCUUCCGAUUGUAUAUCCCUGCCAGUACGAAUCAAUGAAGCCUGGCAUUUCCCCGUCCGGCAAGUACAUAUUCCGCUUCUACUUCAAUGGGUGCUUCCGCAAGGUGAUCGUUGAUGAUCGCCUUCCAUCAUCAAAAACCUCACGAUCCUUGUACAUGAUCGAUCGAAAUCAUGAUAACUUUCUAUGGCCCGCUCUUGUAGAGAAGGCAUACUUGAAACUCCGCGGAGGUUAUGAAUUUCCUGGAAGUAAUUCUGGGACGGACUUGUGGGUGCUGACGGGCUGGAUACCCGAGCAAGUCUUUCUCCAUAAUGAUGAUGUGACUGCUGACCAGAUUUGGUCGAGGCUGGUCAAGUCGUUCCACAGUGGAGACGUCCUAUUAACUAUUGGGACUGGGAAGCUUACGGAGAAGGGACAGAAGGAGCUGGGUCUUGUUAGUGAGCACGACUAUGCUAUAUUGGACAUGAAGGAGUUCAGAGGACGCCGUCAAAUCCUCAUCAAAAACCCUUGGGCUGGGACUGAUACUGUGUACCCAGCGCUUUUCGCCGACCCUGAGCCAUUUCCCAAUUCCCCUUUGCUCUCCCCUGGCACUUUUUGGAUGGACUGCGGAAAGGUCCUCCAAAACUUCGAGAAUCUCUAUCUGAACUGGAAUCCCGGGCGGUUCACCUAUCAGGAGGACGUCCAUUUCACAUGGGAUCUAUCAACUGGUAAGGGAAUGGCAGGGUGCUUUGUGAAGAAUCCACAGUUUUCCGUCUCUGCUGAGCGCGGCGGAGAAGUUUGGCUGUUGCUGGGAAGACAUUUCAGGACGGUCGAAUCCCGCACCUCAGAGGAGGACCAUGGAUUCGGAUUUAUCAGCAUAUAUGUGUUCAAAGGAGGGAAGAGAGUAUCACUGAGUGACGGCGCGCUUCACCGAGGGCCUUAUGUUGACUCUCCAAACACUCUCAUGAGACUGAAUAUACCCCCCAAAACGCCUUACACCGUUGUUGUGUCCGAGGAGUCCUUACCUGCCAUCAGUCAGAACUUUACACUUUCUGCAUUUUCUAAAUCGCCUAUGAAGAUUUCACCUGCACCAAACAACUAUAAAUGUGUAACCAAAAUCCAAGGUUCCUGGACACCGACUACAGCUGGGGGCAAUGCAGAAUCGGCACGUUACUCGCUAAAUCCGCAAUUUAAUAUAUCGCUCAUUGACCCAACCGAUAUCUCAAUUGUCCUCGAGCCAUCGGACCCUGAGCUCGCCACACAUGUCAAGCUGUUCUGGUCGGAUGGGAAACGCAUAGCCAGGGUCCGUAAACGCGACAUCGUCGCAGAUAGCGGCGAUUAUCGCCGCGGAGGCUCUCUAGCUGAAAAAAAGGACAUGGACGUGGGAAAGUAUACCAUUGUUGUUUCCACAUUUGCUCCUGACCAACUUGGACCUUUCACUCUCUGGGUUUCGACCAACAUCCCUUGUGAGGUGAUGCAGCUCCCUUCAGAAGCGGCUGGGCGGCGGACAGUAUUGUCCGAUAUUGGAAUCUUACUCCCUGGCCAGGACAGGAUGCUCGCACAUUUGCAAACCUCUCGAUUGACGCGAGUCAAGCUUAUUGCGAGGAGCCGAGAGUCCAGGAUUGGUAAUCGACCUGUUGGCCCCUCGCCCGUUUUGAUGAGCGUGGAGCUCGGCCAGGGGCCGUACAAAGAGAUUCUGGCCACAUCAGAAGAUGGGGAGCAUAGCGACUCAAUAUCCGGGGUACGCGUGGGAGAUUUUGAUCUUCAGCCUGGCAUGGAAGGAAGGGGCGGAGUGUGGAUUGUGCUCGAAAGGAUUGGAGGGCCUGGCGGCCAAGUGGAAGAUCACUUUGAGGUGGAAGCCCUGGGCGAAGAGAAAGUGGAAAUCGGGGAAUGGAUAGUUGAAGAUGCAUGA